AUGAGCAGUCUUGUUCCAAGUCUAGCGGCUCCAUCAGAUUACAGGGACCGUCGAUACAAGGGCACGGAUGAAGAUUACUGGCGAGCAGUAGCAGAAUCUACUACUCUCUAUGUCGGAAACCUGUCCUUCUUCACCACCGAAGAACAAAUAUACGAAUUGUUUUCCAAAUGUGGUGACAUUAAACGAAUCAUUAUGGGUUUGGACUCGCAUCAACGAACGCCCUGUGGCUUUUGCUUUGUAGAAUACUAUAAACGAACCGACGCACUCGACGUAAUGAAAUUCAUCAACGGCACCAAACUCGACGAACGGCCAAUCCGUAUAGACAUGGAUCCAGGAUUUGAAGAAGGACGACAAUUCGGAAGAGGCAGAUCUGGUGGUCAAGUUCGUGACGAGUACAGAGAAGAAUAUGAUCCUGGUCGUGGUGGAUGGGGUCCUAUCUUGAGACGACAACAGGAAUUGGUUCGUGGUGAACAGCAAAAGGAUACUUACCAGUCGUAUGCUAUACCGCUUGGGCCUACGUCAGAGUAUUAUGUCAAAGAUGCUGUACGCAAUGCCAAGAGAGAUCGUGAUGAAGGCUUUGAUACCAAUGAAGAUACAUCAUCUACCGUCAAUCUGGCCAAACGUAUUACUCGUGAUCGUAUUCGUGAACCUGAUGUGAACCCGCGAUUCCGAGGAGAAGACAAGGACGAUGAAUGA